CUGAGGUCUAGGCUGGAGAUAUAAAUAAGGAAACUGCCAGACUCAGAGAAGGAACCUGCUCUGCUUUCUCGCUCAUCUCUCUGGAGCAAACUGAAGACAGGAGCUUGGCCUCAAGGAGGCAGAAGCUUCAGGAGAUGGGAAGUCACUUCUGAAAGAAAACCUACAGGAUCAGUGUUCCUGACUGCAGUUGUGCCAUGGACACAGCAGUGUCUAUGCCCAAUGAAACCCUGCUCAGAGGCAAAAAUAGGCAAGAUCUCCAAGAGAUGCUCAGAGAAGUAGCGCUGGCAGUUGAGUACUAGUUGUCAAAGCUGCAGGAACACCUGGGUGUGACUUCUGCCCAUUCCUUACAACACUUAGAAGAAAAAAACAUCCAGAAACUGAAGUGCCAGGUACAACAUUCCUGGGAGAAAAGGGCCCUGGAGAAACUGCUUAACCUGUCACAUUCAAAUACUCUUUCAGAGUUACAGGAGUCUUGGGUGGAAUCAUUAAAGAAAAGGAAGAUGGAGGCAGAACAGGCACUGCAGGAACAAAGAGAAAUGCUGUCAGAACACAGUCAACAACAGGAAGGGGCAAUGAGGAAAAAGGAAGCAGUGCUGAGGCAAACAAUGGAGAUCCCCAAAGAGUUCUGGCCAUCUCCUGAAAAGCCCAUAAGAGAAGUCACGAAAGAUAUGCGGAGACAACUAAACCUCAUGGAAGGGGCAUUUUUUCACAGGAAAAUUCUUUCAGAUAGAGAACUGGUGAGACAUGCAUCUGCAGGACUAGCCCUACAGGGAAUUUACAAAACCAGUGACCAAAAGUGUCUUAUAGAGAAGAAAGAAGAGCUACUCUGUGUCCCCAAGGAGUUUGUACUCCGUGGCCCUAAUCAGGGUACACGGACAGAAAUGAAGGAAUUUGCAUCUUCUCAAGAAGAAUCCAUGUUCACUCAGACUGUAGAGAAGCUGGGCUUCUCUGCCUUAGCAAAGGGUGGAGGUUGGGGAAUUAGCCUGGAAGCUGGUAUGGAUCCAAGCAUGCAUUCCGAAUUCAAGAAAAUACAACAGUCACAAUCUACACACUCUUAUUUCUGCUCAACCAAGUUCAUCUAUAUCCCACUGGCCUCCUGCAUCUUUCCCAUUGACCAGCUCCAACUUUCCAAUGCUGCUCUCCAGGAUUUAAAAUACAUUGAAGACCUUUUGGGUCAGUCAGAAGACCCAGACAAACUACUCUUGCUGAGGCAAAGGACUGAAGCCUUCUUCCAGAGGUUUGGGUCUCAUGCUGAUCAGGGUCCUCUGCACCUGGGGGGAAUCUACUGGUGGAAAGCCAUUUCAGAGGGUUUCCAAAAGGAACGGCUGGCUGAAGUGAAACAGCAAGCAGCAGAGGCCCUGGAUAUUUACAUGAGGGGCAGUUACAGUGGCUUUGGCGUGAACAUAGCUACAGGUGGGGAUAUAUCAGACUCUCAUUUGAAAAAAGCCUCUCAGAGAACAAACUUCCAAAAUCUCCAAACCAAAGUCCAGUUAUCUGUGGCCCAGACAGGUGGCCCACCAGAAGCAAAUGGCUUUUUUGACUGGAAAGCUGGUCUAGUUGCCAAUAAUCAAACCUGGUAUGUCAUUGACCGUGGACUUCAGCUGGUACCUGUUUGGGACAUUGUCCUCUAUGGCCACAGAGAUGAUUUUAAGGAUCCUCUUAAAGUAGCUAACUGCCUGAAAGACAACUAUACUGUUCUGACUGAACUCACUGCCCAGAUCCAGGAGGGAAAAAAAUUCUUGAGUAUUGAGAAGGAGGCUAGGAUUUUCCUAGAGGAUGUGAAAUCCUGGGAUGUUUUUGAUCCUGAAGGACAGCUUAAAAAGCUGAUAAAUUUCAUGCAAAGAUUGAGUCAAAAAACUGAAAGUUAUACCAUUUGGACUAAUAUAUGCCUCAAAGACAGGGGUCUGCAGAAUUUUCUGGUAAACAUGGUCAACUUUUGCAAAAAAGCUUCCAUUUAUGAAACUAAAUUUAUUAAAUCUCAGUUGAGCCAUCUUUUGGUUCCUCACAUCCAUACACUAACAAACUUUCCUCAGGCUCAUUCUAUUAUGCAGUGGAUAUUCCAGUCAGAACCAAAGGAAGACAAUAUCCAUAUCACCAAAUUUUCUGAAUUAAUUGAAAUGUUCCAAAAAACACAGAAUAAACUUAUGGAAGUAAAGACCAACACUGAAUCCACAGAGUUGGUGGAGGAAGCUCAAAGAAAGCUGACUUAUGAGGUCAGCUUGUCUCUUGGCUGCUUCUUGAAAUACCUCCGAGAAACAGGGAAACCGGACACAUACAUCUUGCUACUAUUUAUUGCAGCUGGUGCAGGAUAUCAUGUGGCUGACAAUGUAUUUCAGUAUCUCCUGGGGCAUGAUGAGUUACACUUCCUAUUGGAUAAAAUGCAGACUGCACAAAAUAAAUACCAAGAGCUCAAAAAUAUUUGCAACUACAGGGCUCAGGCAUUCCUUGUGCUCACAAGUCUGACAGCAACAACGGGCAUCAAAGCUGUUUCUCCAGAGGAGAAAACACAACGCUUGGCAUUGAUCAAGCAUCACAUGGGACGAUCUUUGACUAAAGAAGUUGUAUAUGUCCUCACCAAACCUGGAGAUCAUGAUUGGGAAAACCUAGAAAAAGACUUGAGACUGCUCAUUGAUGGGAAUUAUGAAGCUACUGUCUCUUCAUUGCAAGAGGAGGAGGUGAUAAAAGAAUUGCAAAGUGUCUUCCAUGAAAAGAAAGAGCCCCAUGAACCACACGAUACUGAAAAGAAAAAGGAGGAAGUCACAGAAAAUGGAGCCUUCCAAGACUUACUCCAGCGUCUAGGCCUAGAACAUUACUACCCAAGAAAAAUGAGCAGAGCUAACUUCCAUCUGAUCCACAAGACUUCUGUGUACAACACCCAGCCCUGCUCUGAAAGAGAACUUCCCUUCUACUUCCUACAGAAGCUAUUGAUGCUGGAUUAUGGGCUGAGAUACCUGAUCAUCAAACAUGAAGAAUACACAGAGAACCAAGUCUAUUCAAGCACCUUGAAUCAAGAAAAGGAGGCUUUUGAUCCAUAUGAAGAUCUACCUGAAGAAAGUGUUUGUCCUACUAAGCCUUCAGCAGCCACUAAUGUCAGACCCUAUGUUCACCCUAUGGAUAUUCAGAUGGCAAUUCUUCACUGUGCAGAUGAUUUUGCCAGACAGUAUAUUUUGGACAAACUUUCCAUUUGUCAGUUUGCCCUCCCCCUUCUCAUACCUAAUCCUUGCAAUGCUGAAAUUGAAUUCUCUCUCUGGUCUCUCAGACAAAUUCGAAGGAGCUGGCAGCAAGUAGGGAAAUCACUAAAAGAGAACAAUUACAUGAAUCAACAGAUGUGUUGUUUCUCUGCCCCCAUUGUGUCCUUUAUUAGAGUUGGAACUGGCUUCUCUGCUUCCAAAUCUCAGAUCAUGAACUGUCUUCUCAGUGAACGCAAACAUGAUGUCUUUUUUCACCGACAUUGCAAAGGCAGCAGCAGAGACUGUCUCUUGAUGGGAGGAGUGGUGGAAGUCGCCUGGUUCUGUCCUGGGGGGGAAGAGCAGGACAGAUUUGACAACUGCUUGACCUUUACCAAUCUUCACGGAGAUGCAAAGGAAUAUGAGAAGCAACUCGCCUUUUUGCAGGAAGUCUCUUCCAUAAUUAUGGUCCUCAUGUCAACUUCUGAUGACAAUGAAGGAAACCGAAAAAUAGUACAUGAUAUGUGUCAGUCAUCAAAACCUUUAAUCCUUUUGCUUGAUGAUAAAGGAAAAAUCACAGUCAAUAAAUCUAGCUCAAGAGUGAGAAUUGGAAUCAGGAACAGAAAUGAGGCAGAAUUAAUAGAGGAGCUAACAACUGCAAUCAGACAUUUGCUGGAGCUCUCUAACACUGCACUCAGCUUGGAAAACUGUGCCCAAGUUGCUCGCAAGCAAGGAAUGCUUAUUGAUGAAGACCAGAGAGAUUGCAAGGAAGCCAAAGAAAAGGCAGAGGCUCUAAUGACCCUAUUGGGAGAAAUGGAAAUACCUCAGGUCAAGGAACACUUACUACCUCUUCAGGGAAAACUGUGGCAGCUUUGGUGUAAAAAGGACAAAGAACUCUAUCACCUGAGAGAAAAGGGGAAUCGCAGUAUUGAACAACACAAAAGUGAGACUGAGACAGAAAAAAAAGAGAUAAGACAUGAACAGUUUAGAAAAGCCUUCCCUCUCAAUGAUUUAAUGCAUGUUGUCCUUGAAAUUCUCCAAAAUCAUUCAGAAACUCACACCAAACUCUACUUCCUCCAAUGGCUGAAUGUAGCUUUGGGCAACCUGACUGCAGGACACUUGGAAAAUCUAAAUGAGAAGAAAAAGGCAUUGGUUCAAAAAGAAAAGCAAGAGGCCACAAAGAGUAGCUCUCUGAAAGACUGCCAACAUGAGAUAGAAGCUAUUUCCAGAGAGAUUAAUGACUGUACCUUGGGAAUUGAGCACAUCCUCAGAGAAGUGGGUCAGAUCUAUGAAGCUCUAGAUGAAGCUUCCCCCAUGAAAGAUACCCUAUUUCUCUCCCUUCCCCACAUUGCUGCAGAUCUGAUGAUAUCUGGUGUUCCCAUUGAGCUGAUGGAUGGGGAUGUUUCAUAUGUGCCCCUGAGGUGGGUGGCAGCUGUUUUGGACAAGCUCUCUGAGAAACUUGGAAACAAGCGGCUCUUUGUUCUCUCUGUCCUUGGCCUGCAGAGUUCAGGGAAGUCCACCCUGCUGAAUGCCCUUUUUGGGCUGCAGUUCACUGUCAGUGCUGGGAGGUGUACCCGGGGGGCCUACAUGCAGCUUCUGAAAGUGGAAGACACAUUCACAGAUGAACUUGGCUUUGACUUUGUGCUUGUUGUGGACACAGAGGGACUUCGAGCCCCAGAACUCAGCAACAAGUCCCAGAAUCAUGACAAUGAGUUGGCAACCUUUGUCAUCGGACUUGGAAACUUGACUCUGAUCAAUAUUUUUGGGGAAAAUCCAUCAGAAAUACAAGAUAUUCUACAAAUAGUUGUCCAAGCUUUUCUGAGAAUGAAACAAGUAAAAAUCUCUCCCAGUUGCCUCUUUGUCCAUCAGAAUGUGGGGGAAGUUACAGCGAAAGACCAAAAUAUGGAAGGAAGAAGGCAGUUUGAGCAGAGAUUGGAUAAAAUGGCAACAAUAGCAGCUGAGGAAGAGCAGUGCUCCGAUGUCACCUGCUUUAGUGAUGUCAUUAAAUUUGACGCCAAUACCCACGUCUACUACUUUGCUCACCUCUGGGAUGGCAAUCCCCCAAUGGCCCCACCCAAUCCUCGCUACAGCCACAAUGUUCAGGAACUCAAAAGCAGAAUUUUUGUGACUGCCCAACAGGAAUCUAGGGGAAGCAUCAUGAAGAUAUCAGAUGUAAAAUUCCGAGUUCAAGAUUUGUGGAGAGCCCUACUGAAUGAGAACUUUAUUUUCAGCUUCAGGAACACUCAAGAAGUCAUGGCCAUGAGCAAACUGGAAACCAUGUAUAACUCCUGGACAUGGGAGCUGAGGAGUCAUGUGCAGAGAUUACAGGACCAGCUGCUCAACCAGAUUCAGAAUGGAAAACUCCAGACACUCAAAAUAUAUACCUUUGAGGCUCAAGUUACAGAGAUUUAUGAACCAAUCAAGCAAAAACUUGAAAAAUAUUUUAAUGAAGGCCCGGAAAGUGAAGUACUGGUUCAGUGGAAAGGAAAUUUUGAAAAUAAACUCAUAACCCUUAAAGAGGCACUAAUUUUAGAUGUCCAAAGAAAAGCCAAAGAACUUAUUAGUUUUAAAAAAAGUCAAGAAAAACUGGAUAACAAAAAGUCAGGUUAUGAAAAGGAAUUAUUGGGAAAAAGCCAGAAUUUGGCUUUAUUGCUGAAUGACACCGAAUUGAGCGAGGAAGAGCUCCAUGAGAAAUUCAGCCCACUUUGGGAAAAAUGGGUCUCUGAUGUGUCCUCAAGUCUCCCCCCAGCAGCAGAGCCGGAAAUUGAAGCAGAUUCUGAAAACACGCUUUUAGAGUAUUUCAAAAAGGAAAAAGACAUCAGAAGCCUACUGGAGAACUAUUCUGGAGAAAAGUUUGAAAUCAAUUAUGACAAACAUGUUAAAAUGAACAGGAAACCUUUUAUACUCUUUACAAUGACAAUAGAGCCCCAAGAUAUACACUCCAUAAAUAUGACUACUGACUGCAUUAUUUCAAAAGUUAAUGAAACUGUUAACAAAAUAUCUCAACGAAAGCUUGAUUACAAUCCAACUUACUUCCAUGAAAUCCUGAGAAUAAUAGAAGAGGAGGUGAAGUCUGCAACCACUCAGAAAAGAUACAUAUUUACAAGAAAAUAUGAAAUAGACUUAUCAUUGUGUUUAUUCCAAAGAGCAUCAGUGAAGUUUAAGGAGAUGCACGAGGCAUUCAUAAAGGCAAAUGAUCCUGUAAAUUAUCUGCAAAGCAAGAAAGAUGAUUUCUUCAUGAGCUUUAAGAUCUCUUGUCAAGGAGCAACUUCAAUUAAAACAUUUGUUGAUUUUCUGUGGAAGAAACUCACACCUGCUGUCUCCAGCACCAUAAGGAAAAACAUGGCCCUCAAAAUUGCUGGGGACAUUCGAACCACCUGCCGGGCAUUCAAUGAAAACAGAGCUAACCUGGAGAAACACAUUCUCAUCUCUCUGGCAGAAGAGGAAAAUUUUGAUAACUACUGGCAGUACCUUCAUAAUCCAGAAUCAUUUUUUAAGAAUUACAUUGAAAACCAUGUUAAAAGAUAUUUUUCUGACACAGGAAGUGAAAAAAUAAAGACUUUUCUACAAAUGAGUUUAGAUGACAUCAAGAAUGCCAUCCUCUCAGCUAUACAUGCAUCUACAGCAAUAGCUAAAGAUAAAAGCAGCACAGUGUCCGGGUGGUUAGAUUUGUUCUGUGAUCACCUGGGGAGUACCUUGGUCUUUCCACGAAAAGACUUGAUAAGCAUUGAACACCAGGAGAUAAAAGAUACUGAGUUUAUCAAAGAGGCCAUGAGUAAAGCUUUGGAUCCUGAAAUCAAGAAGGUAGAACAGAACUGUUUGUCUGAACCUGCAGAAGAAAUGAUUCCUGAAAUCCAGAAAAUGCUCUCUGAACAUCUCUGUGGCUGCUGGAAACAGUGUCCCUUCUGUAAAGCAAUUUGUACAAAUACAAUCCCUGCCCAUGAUGGAGACCACAGUGUACCCUUCCAUCGUCCACAGGCUCUUGGUGGAUGGAGGUGGCAUCAAACAGACCAUUUUGUCAUUGAUUACUGUACUAGUCUGGUAGCAAGUGAUUUGAAGUUUAUUUUGAAUGAUGACAGGAGAAUCCCAUACAAGACCUAUCGAGAAGCAGGAGGGGAAUAUGCCAUAUGGAGCAUCACCCCAGACACAUCCACCCAGCCAUACUGGAAAUGGUUUGUCUGUCACUUCAGAUCAAAGCUAGAAGAAAAAUAUCACCAAAGAUUUAUCAGUAAAGGUGAAAUUCCUGAUGCCUGGAAGAAAAUCACAAAGCAGGAUGUGCUUGAUGACUUGAAAAAAAAUUAAUACUCAAUGACCAGAUAAGAGUUCCAGUAUCUAAACAAAGAAGGCACAUUACCAGAACAAGCCUAAAAUACCAUCCACUCAGAAUGAAAUCUUCCUAGUAUCAAUUUUUUUUUCAAAUGAAACAUCUAAAACUAAAUCAAUCAUAGCAAGAGUUAAAGAUUUCCUAAAAAAAAAAAAAAAAAAGAGUUAAAGAUUUCUUGGUUAGAACCUUAUUUUUCUUUGCCUCAAUUCCUUCUUCUUUAAAAACAGAUAAAUGAUAUAUAUGAGUACAUGAUAAAAUCGAAUAAAGUGCAUUUAAUAGAC